AUGCAGCUACUGACUUGAGCCUCUCAAUAUUGUCAUAACCGCAAGAUCCUGUGAAGACGUCUUCCCUCGCUUCGGUGGCAUCUUUUGUCAAGGAAACAAGCCCUAGACCAGCACCUGCUCUGAUACCAAAUGAAAAGAAACGGGAAGGAAAGAUUGCACACAAUGGAAUUGAAAUCGAGUAAAAAUCUGCACCACGCCUGCAGAUUAGCGAGUUCCUUUUUAUACUUGCCCAAUCGUAACUUUACCAAACGGAAGGCCCCAAUUCGUCUCAUCACCGUCGCCACGCUGGCUUUCAUCUCAGCCGUUAUAAGGUGCAAGAUGGACGGCCAAGUUUAAAACGCGAACAGAGUCAAAAAGUGAAAUCAGGGGAAAUCGCAGAAAGAUUGAUCCAACAGCUCCAACGACGGCGAGUGCCAGAAAAGCAAGUUCCACGAUCAAACUAGGGAUUCCAUCGAGCUCCUCACCGGCUUCUCCCCCUCCGAUCUCUUCCCCUCGAUGGGAUGGCUCAACGUCGUUACAGGUUUACACGCCCGUCUCGAGAAGGCUUUUCAUUUCUUCGACAACUUCUUCGAUGAGCAGAUCGAGGCCCACCGCAGGCGCAAUAGCGACGACGAGACAGACUUCAUGAGCAUUCUCCUUCGCCUCCAGCAGGAUACCUCCCUCGGCUUUAAUCUAACCCGCGAACAAAUCAAGAGCAUCAUUUGGGUGUCCCGGCUGUUUCAGGAAGAAAGCCCGAUUCCUAAACGCUUACGCGUAUUAUGCGUUGAUUUCACCAGCUCUUUCUUCUCUUCCCCUUGCAGGAAACCUUCUUCGGCAGGGCGGACACGUCGGCUUCGAGCACGGAGUUUGGGAUGUUGGAGCUUGUCCUGAACCCGCGGGUGAUGAAGAAGGCGCAGGAGGAAGUGCGGAGGGUGGUGGGGAGAAAGCUGAUGGCGGAGGAUAGCGACAUCGCGAAUCUUCCCUACCUGAACCUAGUAGUGAAGGAGAUUUUCCGCCUACACCCGCCCGCUCCGUUAUCUGUUCCUCACGAAAGCUUCAAGGACGCAAAUAUUUGCGGAUACCAUAUCCCGGCGAAGACAGCGGUGUUGAUCAACCUCUGGGCUAUUAUGAGGGACCCAGGAUUGUGGAAGGACCCAGACGUCUUCUGGCCGGAGCGCUUCGAGGAGAGGAUCUCCAGUACAUGGGCCAGGACUUCCAGUACAUACCUUUUUCAUCGGGCCGCAGAAUUUGCCCUGGGAUGAACCUUGCCGUGACUUCGAUGCAGCUAGCCUGGCAAACCUCUUGUACUGCUUCGAUUGGGAGCUUCCCGACGGGAUGAAGCCCAACGAUGUCGACACAACGGAGGCUUCUGGGGUCGUCGUGCAUUUGAAAUCGCCCCUCCGACUCAAGGCGACCCCUGCAUUCUAGUAACGUGGCCGUUGAGUCUAUUAAGAUGUUAUAGUUGACUGCCCAAAAAGAAGUGAACAAGAAAUAAGGCCUCAAUAGCUAGAAAAGGGCAAGUACUUUUUCUCCCCCUUUUACGGGAUUGGGGAGGCUGGGGGAAAAGUGA